AACCACCAAGUGACAGGCUAGGAAGGCCUUUCAUGAUCAGCCCCUCCCGUGGUUAGGCCAAAGGUGCGACACAACACCCGCACUCAACGCCCCCAGCACCUCACUAACACGCAGCAGUCGACCAUCAGACACAUCAUCGCUUCUCACAACCCACUCCACACCACACCCGCAACCAUGGUCUCCUUCAAAUACGCAUCUGCCGCCGUCGUGGCAUCGCUGCUGACAAUGGCGUCUGCCGCCGCCACGACCGAUCUCUCGUGGACAUCGGUCGUCACUCACAUCCCCACGCCCACCACAACGCUACCAGCCAGCGCCAUGCAAAGCAUCGGAUGCUUCGAAACAGGGAUACCGCUCCAGAACUACGGCGAGGGCCCCUUCCAAAGUCCGGGCCAGUGCCAACUGAUCUGCCUCAUGCUUGACAAGGACGUCCUGGGUCUGUCAGACGGCACAGACUGUUGGUGCGGUGACCUGAUCCCCGCCAAAAAGUGGCAGACUGACAACAGCUCGUGUGACACAACAUGCUCUGGGACAGAUAACGUUAUGUGUGGUGGAGCCACCAAGUUAUGGGUAGUGCUUACUGGUAACACGCGAAAUUCGGUGGAUUGGUACGAGCCUCCGGAUUCUUCUUCGUCGUCAUCAUCAGCAGCAGCUUCAUCAGCAGCAGCAGCUUCGUCAUCAGCGCAAAGAGCCUCCGCCACAACCACCGCUACAGAAAGCGCAAGUGCUACAACUGUGCCCAAGGAGAGUAGCGGCAGCAGUACCAACACAGCUGCAAUCGCAGCAGGCGUCGUUGUGGGCGUUGUCGCGGUCGCUGCCAUGAUUGGCGGUAUCCUUUACUUCCUACGACGAAGGCGACAGAAGCAGGCCGAGGAUGAUUACAGGCGCAAUGCCGCCAACGUUGAUCAGUUCGUUGCUGGAGGCAAACUGCAUACCAGCAACUCAUCGAUGAACGACCAGCGUCUGGAUCCUAUUUUCGUGGACAGAAGGCAGAGCAAUGGCAGCAUCGCAGACAAUGAGGACUACUCGAGGCGGAUAUUGAAGGUUACCAACGCAUGAGCGCGUCAACGCAACGCCCACAAGAAUCGUCUCCGGAGUUUCUUUUCACGAAAACCUCAAUACCCCCGAUACCCUAUACAAUCCAAUGUCGCUAAUCUCCUCCGUACUCCUCUCUUAUGUCACGCACGCAAAAGGUGCGCGUUCACGCUUGACGACGAGAGCAAAGAAGCAUCCUGCGUUUGAGCCCCUGUGUGCAUGGGCGUUGCUAUAUCCAUUUUGCUCGACCGAUGGGGCCGUUGAAUAAAACACGGCUUCAGGCUCGUUUUUUGUUUUCUUUUCCUUUUCUACUGUGUUAUAUAUUUUCCAGCUUUCCUUCCAAAG